GAUUUUAACUUCAAACUCUUGCAUUGCCGUAUUGCGAUUGAGCACGCAUUUGGGAUGCUCAAAGGACGAUUCACUUCCCUACGAAGUUUUCCCGGAUACAAGCUCAACGUCAUUUAUAUGACGGUUGAAGCUCUGAUGGUCAUACACAAUAUAUUGAUCGAUUUAAACGACGACCCAGAAACUAUUGCAAACUAC